AUGUCAGGAAUAAAAAAGAAGCAAUUUCGCUUUAGAAUCCCGUGGAUAUCAGGUUCUUUUUCCACGAGAUCUCCGUUUCAUCGAAAACAAAGAUCAAAAUCUUUUCCACAAUUAGCCUAUGGCCCAACACAGCCUCUUCCUACUCCAAUUUCUGAACCUCAAACAACUCUAGAGAGAAAAGUGAUGUUUGCGGUCUCAACAUCAAACCCUAGUGAAAAUAACAUCGAAGUACCUGCAAUACCGGUCACCACAACCGUAUCAAAUUCCCCCAAGCAAAAAGGUUCCAUGAGUAUGAACGAUGAUGUAACAAAUCUUGUUAAUAGAGUAGCUACUGUGAAUCCAACAACACUGCUUCCAACAGAUGACAAAACAGUUAGUAUUGUAACUCUAGCCGGAGACAACAGAGGCGCAACAAUGCAUGUUGCAGGUUCACAGUCCCAAUCAACAAGGAAAAAAGGCUCAAUCCAAAACAUACACAAAUCCAACGAGAAAGAAGAUAAAGAUGAAGCAGGAAAAGCAUAUGUUAACAGUAACAUACAGAGUAUGAAUAAUUCAUUCCUGAUUGAAGGUUCAGUAACCGGACGAGACCCUGGCGUUCGUGUCAUUCUUCCCCAACAGCCUCAGCCACAGCCACAGCCUCAACCUCAGCCUCAACCACAGCCUCAGCCUCAGGUUAGCCGGGUAGAGAAGUUAACUUACCAGCCACUUGUUAGAAGAAGAUGCCUGAGAGGACUUAUGGUGGAACCAAGUGAUUCUGAUCCUGAGAAUCCUGAUAAACCUCGACGUCAUGGAUGCAAAUUCAGUUGUGGAGAUGUUAGAAAAGAUAAGGAUAAAGUGCUUCUGUAG